UAGUACUAGUAGGUACUUACUUUCUCGAGUUACAUCGUAGCAGGAGAUAAUUUCAGUUGGAAUCGCGGUCACCGAUCUUCGUUUCGUUGAACGUAGAUCGGAAUUCGAGAAGAGUGUAGUCGAUGCUAAGUGUAACAAGAGGAACAACCGACAGGAUCAAUCGACGUUACAUGCACCUCCAUAGGAAACAACAAAACAUGCCUCCGAACGGGCUGUGAAUUGACUGCACGAUUCAUGCAGAUUCGUCGUUUAGCUAUUAAAGAUGUGCGUCAUGAAAAUUUGAGCCUCACCGUACGAUGCAGUCCAUUUAUUGGACCGGGAGGCUGCUGUCUCGGGCGAUAUGGAACGGCAUAUCAAAUUAUUCAGCAUGCACCGACCCGAACGUGAAUAAACGUCGCGAAGCGUCAUUCAUUUCUGCUGUAUGUGGUUUUCCCAAAGAUUUUUCACGGGGACGUAUGAGUAAAGGACAGUUCGGUGAUGACGCUUGGUUCAGUGCCAAACUCAAGGCUGUUGAAGUUGUAGGUGUAGCUGAUGGUGUAGGUGGAUGGAGACAUUAUGGAAUCGAUCCAGGAGAGUUUUCUAGUUUUCUAAUGAGAACUUGUGAAAGACUGGUCUCUUUGGGCAGGUUCAAACCUUCUGAACCAGCUGGUUUAUUAGCACAUAGUUACUAUGAAUUAUUAGAAAAUAAACAACCCAUAUUAGGUAGCAGUACUGCAUGUGUUAUAGUUCUUAAUAAAGAGACAAGCAGCAUUUAUACAGCUAAUAUUGGUGAUAGUGGUUUUGUAGUUGUAAGAAAAGGAGAAGUAGUACAUCGUUCUUCCGAACAACAACACUACUUCAAUACUCCAUUUCAGUUGUCUCUUCCACCUCCAGGACAUUCUGGGCUGGUGCUUAGUGACAGUCCAGAAUCUGCAGAUACUUCGAGUUUUGGAGUUGAAGAUGGAGAUGUAAUUCUUCUAGCAACAGAUGGGGUAUUUGAUAAUGUGCCUGACCAAUUACUUAUUACUGAAAUGCGUAAAAUUCAGGGAGAAAGAGAUCCCACUAAAAUACAAGGAGUUGCCAACUCAAUAGCCUGGAUGGCACGUAGUUUAGCUUUUGACGGCGCAUUUAUGUCUCCAUUCGCCCAAAGUGCUAGAGAGAAUGGAAUUGACACUAUAGGUGGUAAACCAGAUGACAUUACAGUGCUUUUAGCAACGGUGGCAAUAUAA